CCGUGGCAACCCACUAGAAGCGUCGGCUGCGCUGAUGGAGAGGAAGAUGGAGGAAAACACUGACAGAGACGUCGAGGCUGGAAGUGAAACUGGAGGGGAAGAUGCCUUAGUAGGGAAUGUCAACAAGCUGACAGUAAGCCCACCAGGAUACACCGGAGCUCUACGAAAAGGACAUCUGAUUUUUGAUGCUUGCUUUGAGAGCGGGAAUCUGGGCCGUGUAGACUACAUCAGUGAUUUUGAGUUUGACCUCUUCAUUCGACCCGACACCUGCAACCCACGCUUCCGAGUCUGGUUCAACUUCACCGUGGAGAACGUCCGGGAGACACAGAGGGUGAUUUUCAACAUGGUUAACUUCUCAAAGACCAAGAGUCUGUACAGAGAUGGCAUGUCCCCUGUUGUCAAGUCUACCAGCAGGCCAAAAUGGCAGAGGCUUCCACCAAAAAAUGUCUACUAUUACCGUUGCCCUGACCACAGACGCAACUACGUAAUGUCAUUCGCCUUUUGCUUCGACCGGGAGGACGACGUUUACCAGUUUGCCUACUGCUACCCCUACACCUACACCAGACUGCAGCAUUACCUCGCCAGCUUGGAGCGCAGAAACCUCCCCUACCUGCAGAGGGAGCAGCUUGGACUCAGUGUGCAACAAAGACGCCUAGACCUUCUAACCAUCACCAAUUCUGAAAACGUGAGUUCAGACAGGGAGAAGAAGCUGGUUUUUCUCACCUCUCGUGUUCACCCUGGAGAGUCUCCGGCCUCUUUUGUCUGUCAAGGUGUAAUCGACUUCCUGGUGAGCCAGCAUCCAGUUGCUCAAAUCCUGCGCGAUCAUGUGAUCUUCAAGAUAGUCCCUAUGCUGAAUCCUGAUGGAGUCUAUCUGGGAAACUACAGGUGUUCUCUGAUGGGCUUCGACCUGAAUCGCCACUGGCAGGAUCCCUCUCCAUGGGCGCACCCAACGCUGCAUGCUGUUAAACAGCUCAUAGUGCAGAUGAACCAAGACCCGAGUGUCAGUUUGGAGUUCUACAUUGAUGUCCAUUCCCACUCCACCAUGCUAAACGGCUUCAUGUAUGGAAACGUGUUCGAGGACGAGGAGCGUGCUCAGAGACAGGCCGUCUUUCCCAGGCUGCUGUGCCAAAACGCGCCGGACUUCUCCUUCUCAAACACGUCAUUUAACCGUGACAAGGUGAAGGCCGGUACCGGCAGGCGCUUCCUCGGUGGUCUUCUUGAUGAUACUUCCUACUGCUACACUCUGGAGGUGUCCUUCUACGGCUACAUGACAGCUGGCGGCGCCGCCCCUGUGCCAUACUCUGAGGAAAUUUAUAUGAAGCUGGGCAGGAAUGUGGCUCGAACCUUCCUGGAUUAUUACAAACUCAACAACCUCAUCAAGGACAACAGACCGACUAAUAUUCAUAGCACCGAUGGGAUGUCCCACACAGGCAAAGGCAAGAGCGGGAUCAGCAUCGGUGUUGGCAGAGACAUGGGCGACAAGAAAAAGGACAAGAACCAAAGUUUUGGACACUAGAAGAAACUGACCAAACAUUCAUGAAAUGUACAGCAUUGUGGCCGGAGGAUCCGUCGGACUUUGCAUUACUGAGAUCCACGUCUCUUUGACUGUGUAUCCAUACAUCUGUCUUUUAGUGCUAUUGUUUUCAGAACCAGUUUUCCAAUCCAAGACGAGUGUCAUUCACGCUGAAUAAACUAAACACACAUACAGGGAUAACUUCCUGCACAAAAGUUUCAGUGAUCAUAAAGAAGUAUUUUAAAAAGAUCUUUAAUACUGACAUGCUUGGCAAGAAAUGGGGGGGGG